AUGGCGGCAUUGCCGCCGGGGGAUGGGGAAGGCGGCAGCGGCGGCGGCGGCGGCAAGGAGAGCAAGGGGAAGGAGAAGGUGGUGGAGGAGUACGGGAAGAACCGGCACGGGCAGCCCGUUGGCUUCUACAUGGUCCCCAGCGACCUGGAGCUCAUCCGCAUGCUCAGGUGCAAGCUCCUCCGCGGCAAGCUCCCCGGCGCCCUCAACGACGUCUUCCACGAGCUCCGCAUCCUCGACUUCCACCCCGCCGUUCUCUACAGCAUGUACGAGAAGCGCAUGGAGGACGACUACAUCUACUUCUUCAGCAGGAGGGAGUACCCGGCGAAGGCGGGGAGGAACAAGAGGCGGCCGGUGAGGGCGACGAACGGCGGGACGUGGAAGGCCUCCGGCGGCAGCAAGACGGUGGAGACCAAGAAGGGCGGCCGCGACGUCGCCGUCGGCCAGAGGCUCACCAUGGUGUUCUACGAGCGCAGGCUCGGCGGCGACAAGAAGGCGGAGUCCGUCAAGACCAACUGGGGCAUGCACGAGUUCUGCAAGUUCAUUCCUGGCUCCAAGAACAAGGAGCUCGAGGACCUUGCCGUGUACCGCCUGUACAAGAUGGGAAGGAAGGAGGAGGAGCAGGAGCUACUGCUGGAGCUGGCCGGGUCGUCGCCGCCGAUAUUGGCGCUGCCUCCACCGGAGGGCUUCGACGAGUGGUUGGCGGCGACGGCGCUGCCACUGCAGCAGGUGGCGCCGGGGCUGGCCGGAGGGAUGAUGUCCAUGGCGGACCAGGCGAACGUCGGCUCGACCUCGCAGCCGUACGCGGCGUCGCAGACAGGCACCGAGCUCAUGGAAGAGGAAAGGGAAACGUUCGAGAACAGUGUCUUGUCGCCGCUGAGCUUGACCUCGCCGGACCUGGCCGGAUCGUCGUCGCCGAUAUUGGCGCUGCCUCCACUGGAGGGCUUCGACGGGUGGUUCGCGGCGACGGCGCUGCCACUGCAGCAGGUGGCGCCGGGCCUGGCUGGAGGGAUGAUGUCCAUGGCGGACCAGUCGAACGUCACCUCGACCUCGCAGCCGUACGCGGCGUCGCGGAGAGGCAGUGACCUCAUGGAAGAGGAAGACUGGGAGAUGGUCGAGCACAGUGACUUGUCGCCGCUGCGCUUGACCUCGCUGGACCUGGCCGGAUCGUCGUCGCUGAUAUUGCCGCUGCCUCCACCGGAGGGCUUCGACGGGUGGUUGGCGGCGUCGGCGCUUCCACUGCAGCAGGUGGCGCCCGGCCUGGCCGGAGGGAUGAUGUCCAUGGCGGACCAGUCGAACGUCGCCUCGACCUCGCAGCCGUACGCGGCGUCGCGGAGAGGCACUGAGCUUAUGGAAGAAGAAGACUGGGCAAUGUUCGACCUCUUGUCGCCGCUGAGCUUGACCUCGCCGGACGGGUUGCUGUCACCGGGCGAGCCGAUGGAUUACGAUGACUACCUCCAGGAAGAUGAUACAACAGAUUGGCCGCUGAAUCCGCUGAUUCAGCCGCUCGCCGUGAGGCCGCCGGAGCCGGACACCACCGGGCAGAACUCGCCGGCGCCAGCAUCCGUCGACCACCAGCUCUCGCCACCGCAGGGCGCCGCCGCCGCCGACGACUACAGCAGCCACCAGUACGGCCUCGUCGACUACGGCGUCCUCCAGGACCAGCAGGAGCCGCAGGCAGACGGCGGCGGCGCCGCCGCCAUGGCCGACGGCGACGCGCAGCAGGGCUCCCCCUCGACGGUGGCGCCGUGGCUCGAUCUCUUAGGCAACUUCCAAAGAUCGGAUGGUGACUUGAUCUUCCGAUUUGACGACGGCACCGAACUUGGCUUCGACAAAUUUUGCCACGACGAGGACACCGGGGGCGAGGCCGAGGAGAUGUUGAUCGACGGCGGCUGUGAUGCCGCACAUGGAGGCGACGGUGGCUGUCAGGGCAUGGGAGGGCGUCGAGAUGUCGACCGAUUGCGGCGAUGCCGGAGAUGGAGGUGA